ACGCACAGACCCAGGAUAUACCACAAAGUUAUCAGCUGAUUCAUGAAAAUAAAGCUGUAGAAUUGUCACAGCUAUGUUGAGCUUACAGUAAAUAUGUGAUGGUUUGUUAGAAAAAUACAUUUGAAUAAAGUUUUGUUUCAUAUGGGAUUCACUUCAAUACGUUUUCAUUUAUUGUGAUGGUUUUAUUCAUUCAUUUUUUUAUUCAUGUUUCCUGUCGUUUUAAGUAAAUACAAGAGAUUGCUUGACUAAAAUGUAUAUAAUCACAUUGGCUGCAUUGUGUAGUUUGUAUUGAAGCACAGCUGUCAUCUGACAAUAGAUAUUAAAUUACAAUCUGCUUGUUUUACUUAUUUUGUCCCCUACAAAAUAAUGUGUAAUAUAUCUGUAACACUGUUACAGAUCAAGUUACUGAUGCAAUCAGGUGUUAGUGCACCUGUCCCUCAUACACACGCAUACGUUUUCAUGUCUGUUAUUAGGUUUGUUCGAGUUUAUGCACCGCUGUAAGAACCAACAGCUGGAUGACAUCAAAGUACCGUGAGAGCGAUUCCAGAAAUCACACGGAGAACUCUGAUUUCGAGUUGCUCUCGCGGUAUUGUGAUGUCAACCUCCUGUCGGUUCUUGUGGGUUUUUUUUUUUUUUUGUGGUUCCGCAUGAACUCGAACAAGUCUACUACGUCAUAUGUCACAUGAUAACGUCAACAUGGCGAAUGCUGUACAUACUUAACGCGAACGUACAUACUGCCUUAGCGCACGUUAAGUAGGUACCCAAUGAAAUUCAGUACCUACACAAUUUUCGGCCAUAAAAACACAAAGAGAAUGAAAUCACAUGGGCAUGGGUCAGGGCCUGACAUGGAGUUCACAAGUGGCUUAAGUGAAGUAUAUAGACCCAUCAAGACAUUUCGCCUUCGAGAUAUUUAUGAUCCUAAACCACAUCAACAAAGGAGUCCGGUGGCAAUACGGCCACCCAGCCCCAAACCAGGUCCUCCUCAGGAGCCCACAGCCCAGCGCAGACUGUCAUGCGAGCCAGAACCAAAGCCCAUCAUGAGGAGACGUGCAAAAUCUCUCUCAUCCACAACAGAUAAUCGAGGAUGCAAAAACAUGCAGGUCCGCUUUGUGGAUUCUCUCGGGCUGGAACUGGAAGAUGUGAAGUUCUUCAAAGCUAGCGAGGACCCAAUGGUGCCAGUCCAUGUGAUAACCAGACUGCUGGCAAGCUCAGAGCUCGCCUCCAGAAAAAACCUUGAGCUCUCCCUACCCUACUUUCAGCCGUUCUUUCCUGACAACAUGGGUGCCGACCCGAAUUUCAUCAAGCGAUUGUGUCGUCAGCGAGUAUGCCUGGAUCAGGUGUUUUGCUCUGAGCUUGGAAUCAUCGGAACUGUUCAGGUACUGAACAUUGAGUAUGAGAAAGAGGUUUUGGUACGCUAUUCGUUCACAGGCUGGAAAAGCUGUGCAGAUAGUAAAGCGUCCUGGAUCAUUACCGUGAAUAGAGAUGGGUCCGAUCCAGAGUCAGAUGUGUUUCGUUUUCACCUGCCUGUACCGCCUUUCAUCCUGCAACCAGGUGCCAUGUUACAGUUUGCCAUCUGUUUCCGGGUCAGAGGAUCCGAAUACUGGGACAACAACGAUGGAUGUGAUUAUAAACUGACCUGCCAGACGUACAAACUGGUUGUCCCCAGAGAGUGUGAAGAUAGCAUGGUGCAUUUCACUUGAGCCGUCACCAGAGAUGUCAUGUGAUACAGUCCUACUAUACACACAGAGCUCUUGAGUUACAUGAAUGAAAAAUUAAAGGUGCUUCUUAUAAUCAGCAGCAAUCUUACCCUACAGUCACAUUAGCUACAAAAGUGAACGACACCGAGCGACACGCACUCGCUUGAUGGGCGUUCCUUGGGUAGUUUCUCAAAGCGGUAUCAAAAGUCACUUUAGAGGUAUUGUUAAGUUACAAGAACGGUGUUUUUGGAUUUAAAAGUAUUUAUUUCUCGAUAAAAGUAACAAAAUAUAUGAGAUAAAAUGCCAAACUUCUCAGAUAUAUACAUAAUUACGCAUUUUCCGCCAUCUUGAAUUAUUUUCUCAGACUCGACCACAGGCCUACGUCACGCUGCUCCUUCACUCUGAUUGGCAGUCGCUUUGUCGCAUCGCUCAGCAUUUGCAUAAAAUAGCCUGCUUGUCUAUUUUGGCCCCGCCUUGCUCGCGCAGUGGCGAGCUCGUCGCUUGUCGCUGGCAAACGGCCACUUCCAUUGAAAAUGAAUGGUAGCCUGUCGCUCUGUCUCUGUCGCUUGUAGCUAAUGUGAAUGGGGGGUUAAGGAUAUGUUAUAGACCCAAGCUUUUGCAUAAGCAUAUCAAUAUUUGGCACAAAAGAAAGUUGCAAUAUAAAAUGCGUCGGACUUCUGUAAGUAGCUUGUAAUUCCUGAUUAGUUCAGUAUUGUUAUCACAGGAGGAUACUUUCACUUUUAAGUGUCUGUUUUAAAAAGAGUUCAUGAACAUUUACUAAGCAUUUACUCCUUUAGACAUUUGCCCUGCAGAGAUUAUUCUGGGCAACCUCUUGUUCUGAGGAACUGUGUGCAUGUGACCCAGUACAGCUGUGAGGGCACCGUUAUAUAUAAUUAUGAGGUCAGGUCUAAAAAUAUAUUCUGCUUGCAAAUCAAAACAACAGCAUCUUUUAUAAAAGAUAUUUCAUUUUU